GGAAGGGUUUAAUCGUUUCUCUCACGAAAUUAUCGAUUUUCAUCUCUAACAUGGGCGUCCCUUUUAUGUUUUUCUCGAAUCAAUGGCCGCUUUAUUCUCUAAACUAGAUUCAGCUUCCAAUCGUUGGGAUGCAUUCCUCGCCUCGAUUUUGAUUUCUCUCUAAAUCGAGGGUUUCAUUCACCGCUUGUGAAGGAAUGGCACAGGACGUUGAGGCGCAGCAAGACAAGCCGUCCAAUGCCUGCUGCGCCAAGUUGCAAAAGAAGCACUCAAAGCUCUUGGAGAGGUGCGCGAAGCUUGAACAGAUCAAAAACAAGUUUCGCGACUGCACCUUAGCGAUGCAGCAGAGAUGCGAUGUGGUCGAGAGAGAUAGGAAGAGUCUGAGGAGAGAUAAUGAGAGUCUGAGGAGAGAUAAUGAGAGUCUGAGGGAAGCAUCAGAAAAACUCAAAGUGCAGGUUAAUUUAUGGAAUAGUGAGAAAGAUAUAGAGGCUGGUCGGCGUGCUGAUCUUGAGGUUCAGUUGCUGAAGCAAAACAGUGGUUCUGCUUCUCGCAGAGGAGAUGAACAGCUUCGAGAACGCAUUGCUCAAGCCGAGGAAGAAAUUAAGCUAUUGAAGGAGCUUCUGGACCGAGAGAGGGGGAAGGUAGCUUCCGAAAAGAAGCGCACUGAGUUGGAGAAGAAGAAAGCUGUUGAGGCGUUGAAGAAGUUAGAGAGUGUAGAGAGAAAAAAGGCUGAGGAAUAUAAACUUCUGUGGGAGAAGUUACAAAAAGAAAAUGAUGAUAUGAAGCCAAUGUUAUCUUUGGAGAAAUCUAGAUCUAGAGAUGCAGAGAAACAGAAAGCCAUUAUAGGAAGGCAAAGGGUUGAAUUGACAGUGGCUAAACCUGAAGAGCAAAUUUUUGUUCCUGAUACAAGUUUGGAGAAUGAUCGAGCCGAUGAUUUGAAUCGGAAAUUGGAACAAGCUAGGAAAAGGGUAGAACAAUUAGAGGGUGAGUUACUUAAACAUAAAUGCUCUGAAGAAUCUAAAGAUAGGCUUCUGUUGGAGAUGUUAAAAAAAGAAACUGAUGAUUUAAAGUCAUUGUUGGCUUUGGAGAAAUCUAAAUCUGAAGCUGCUCACAAAAAGUUGGAAGCAGAGAAACAGAAAACCAUCAGGGAAAGAAAGAGGGCUGACUCGGCAGUUGCUCAAAAAAGAAUUACUGAAAAAUGUUUGGAGAAGGAUCAAGCAGAUGAUUUGAAUCGGAAGUUGGAACAAGCUAGGAAUAGGGUUGAACAAUUGGAGGAUGAGUUGCUUAAACAUAAAUGCUGUGAAAAAUCUGAAGAUAGGCUUUUGUUGGAGAAGUCUAAAAAGGAAACUGAUGAUUUAAAGUCAAUGUUGGCUUUGGAGAAAUCUAAACCGGAAGAUGCUCACAAAAAGUUGGAAGCAGAGAAACAGAAAACCAUUGGACAAAGUAAAAGGGCAAAGUUGGCGGUGGAAAAAUCUAAAGAGCAAAUUAAUCUAGCUGAAACAAAUUUGAAGAAGGCCAUGUAUGAGAAAGCUCGAGCAGAUGAUUUGAGUCGGAAGUUGGAAGAGGCGAAGAAUAGGGCUGACAAAUCCAGUCCCAGCAGGAAUGCAGUAACAGCCACUGAUAUACGCACCGAAAUGCUAAAGAAUGACACCCACUUCCAUAAGUGGGUGGAAAAGAUGCUUUUGGAGAAAGAACAUGAUAUCGUUAGGGAGAAAAAGCGUGCAGAUUCAGCAAAAAAGAAAGCAAAGAAACAGAUAAAAGUUGCAGAAGAAUACAAAAAGAUGUCCAUGGAACAAAAAGAUAGGGCCGAUCAACUAUCUGGGCAGUUAGAGACGUACAAGCUCAGGUUAGAAGGGUUGCAGAAGGAAAUGCAGGCGUUUGUUUCAUCGAGAAUUUAUGCUGGCACUUCUCCCAUGAUAAACAAUGAUGUCAUUUAUGAAACUGAUACAGUUGAACUUCUGAAGAAACAAUUGAAGCUAGAAAAGCUGCUUGCAAAACAUGCCAAGGAAGCAACGAAGAUAGAAGCUUUACGUAACACGAUGCUACGACAAGAAUUAUGUCACCUAAAGAAGGAGAGUGUUCAGUUCCAACAGCACAUGAAUAUACUACUAGAUAAGAGUUUCUUGCAUGGCCCUGAAGGUAUAGAUCAGUUGAAAAAGAUUGGCAGUGAAACCACGAAAAGAAAAGUAUUAGGCUCUGAUGGGAGUCGCAGGCGAGUCAUGUCUGGUAUACAUUCUAGGAUGGAUCCUCCUUAUCGAGGUUCCAGCCAAAAAAUGUUACAGAGUUCUGCCAUAUAUUCCAGUUCAGCAUCUUUUUCUGAUUGGCCCUUGGUGGGAUCACAGGAAAGAGACACAUUCUCUAUUAUGACAUCAGCUAACCUGGGGGAGGAUAUAUCAAACUUCAAGCCAAAGAUACCUAAUAAGAUGCAAAACGAUCAAAAUGUAGCUAAACCUGAUAACAGAACUAGUAGUCCAAUUAAAGACAGUUCUAGUAAAAGAAGACUUGGCUUGCGUCAGAAGAAGAGGAAUCUUGGUGCAGUAGAGUCUAUAGAAAAUUUGCAUGCUAAGGGUGAGAAGUUGCAUCAACAUGUGUCUGAAAAAUUAGCCAUACUGCAUGAUACUCUCAAUGGCCAAGUGGAUGAUUCACAGGAAGAGAGCCUGAAAGGAACUACUUGCACAGAGCUUUUUAGACCUCUCAAGAAGAGAAAAUCCUCUUCAGAGGGAACUGUAAUUGUUGAUCAUUUGCAGAAUUCUGGGGAGUCAAAAGGCACCGUCAGUUCUGAUAUCAAUAACUCAGAUUCCUGUGUGCCUGCUUCAUCACCAGGGUCUGAUGCAGUCAUAUCUGAUUUGGGUGAUGAGGAUGGAACAAAUAAUAUUUUAGAACACAACAUGUCCACUUCUCCAGAUUUUGACCAGAUAGUCACUGGUGACCAUAUGAAGUUGCUGGACAUGGACAAUGCCGCUGAUGAAGACUGGCUGAGGUUGAAGUAGUUAGCUCUGAGAUGCUGGCAUGUAGGAGUUCCCAACUGGGGCUGUCAACUGUGAGUAGAUAUCCAGUUAUUGAAAUGGAGAAGAAUCUCACUAAUGUUGCACCCAAUGGCUCUGAUCCAUUGCUGUUACAAAUGGAGCAUAAUUCUGAUACCUUAUCAGAGAAUACUACUCCCCCCGGCAGCAAGUGAUACUCAUUGCCAAGAAAUCCAUGUAACAAGUGGGAUGUUGGGAACAGGCUAUCUUUCUGGUCCUGGAAAUGAGGGAACAAUUGAAACAUGUGAAAAGGCAAGUGCAUCUUGUUGUGGUGAAACUCUGAAGUGUUUUAUUGUAUUCUCAGACAACAAAGACAACUUAAGCAUUUUGCGGAUCCUUCAGACAAUUUCCAGUUUCAUGCCACAAUGUUCUUUUGAUCAUUCAGUGGAGACAUUCGUUCAAAAUGUUAUACUCACCAUUUCUAAAGCUAAAGACCUCUCAACUAGGCAUGUGUGUUCUUGUCAUUGAUACUGCCUGAAAUUUCUGAGCUAAGACUCAAAACUUGAAAAAUGGUUUAGGUGAUAAUUUUGUCCAGGCUCUUGCUUCAGUGACCACACUCUUCAGCUCAGCACUUUCUGAUCCAUAUUUGAAAAGGAUGGCUAUGGAGUCCUGGUUUGCUUGAACUGCUAGUUAUCAUUGAAGAUUUCCUUCAACAGAGUAAAGUUUUGUCUAUGGUGGUGUAUCUGCUGAGUCAGAAUCCCAUGUUACUUCCAAAUUGGACUUAAUUUUAAAUGGCAAUCCCAUAAUGAUGCUGGAAAUGGCUGCUUCAGCUCAUCUGUUGAUUGCAGGGGGUAGUCUAUUAGCAUCAUUAUGCCUUGCUGUUGAUGAUAUUGGUUAUGUUUGUGAGAUAUCAUACAACAUUAUUAGAACCCAGAAGCUUGACCGUCCAGUAAUGUUGGCUAUUCUUCACGCUUUUGCCCUCAUAUGUGGCUCCAAGUACUUUAACCUUCAGCAUUACUCUGUAGCUAUGACUGUAGUAAAAUCUGUGGUUAUGUUUCUUGAGGCGCAAACUUUGUCGGCCGGUUCUACAUCCUCUUCCCUGUCAGAUUCUAGAAACCCAUCUAGCAUGUUGUUGUGCGCACACUGUCCAUUCUCAGAAGGUGCAGUUUCUGUGGAAAAUGCUGCAGUGAUGCUGUUAGAGAACCUCCAAAAGCAGUGUCAUUGUGGGUUAUGGCCACAAGAUUCACUUGCCUUAGUCAGUUUGCUGGUUCCCACACUUCCGAUCCAUGAGGAGGGAGACGAGGUAGUUUCAGGCUUGGGAGAGGCUGCCUCAUCAAGUUUGGCAUGUGAUGAGACUUUAUGCAACUUCCUUGAUAUUUUUUCUUUGGUUGAGGUUCUAGCUUCAGUCAUGAGCUGGAAUUGGACAUCUGAUAACACCAUAGGGCCGAUUUGUCAAACUUUGAAGUUAAAUUUAACAGAAGGAUUCUCUGCUACUAUCAUCACACUUCUCGGCCAACUUGGGAGGCUUGGAGUUGGUGCUGGCGGAUACGAUGAUCCUGGUGUUCAGAAAUUAAGAGACUACUUCUCAAAGUUUGCUCAGGAAAUCACAUUCAAGAGAUUAAGUAUUCCUGUUCAGAUUGCCCUUAUAACUUCUUUGCUUUGUGUCAGUCCAGUCAAAUUUGAAGAGAUCACUGAAAAAACCGAAACUCCAGCAGCAAUGAGUAGUCCCUAUAGUUUGGUAAGGGCAUGGUUUUUUUCCUUAGUCACGAUCUACAGUUGUCCUUGAGGCCUCAUUUUGCUGCAAGCCAGGGCAACUAGCAGAUCAGUCUCCGGUUCGUUCUAAUUGAGCUCGAGUCCUGUUCUUUUCGAGGAAGUUUGUGUACAGCAAUGGAUAAACAAGUGCCAAGGUCGUCUUCUGUUCUCCAAUUUUUUCUAAAGUUAAACUGAGCCGCUUAUUUCACAGUUUUAGAAACAUUUACUUGGUAUUAUUGGAACCUUGCGAUUUUGUUCAACUUUGAUUCAGAAGCCUUCGGUAUUUGCUUUCA